CAUUAGCAGGGCUCUGGUAUUAGCAUCUCCGUGGUUUAUGUUUAUUGCCGUGGGCAAGAACGGAAUCGUGACACUGCAGACAUUGGUGAAGGCCACCCCAGUCUGACUGCCCAGCCCUUCGGCUCCCUCCCUCACGCCCCCUGCCCACUGAGCUAUGAGCAGAGGCAGAGGAGGGCCCCCAACAGAGCACCAACGAUUCUUCCAGCCGCGUCAUCCAGGCAAACCCCGAGUCGACCCAGGUCGUCCGCCAUUUGGCCCAAGGAACCAAAGCCCCAACUCCUUUCACGACAGGCGUCCGCCACUGCCUCCAGCUGCUCCCAGUCCGUGUCCUCCUUUCGGAGGUCCCUCUCGCAUUCCACCUUACGCUGCCCCACUAGCCGGCCCCGGCCCUCCUAACUUCCGCGACCAACAGGAGCGCUUCCUGCGGGGUCUGACCUCCCAGGCUCCCCUGUUCCACGGCCCGGCCAGCUUCACCAAUCACCCGUCAGAGGGCAGAGGCUUCGGCCAAUCCCACAGUGCCUGGCCGCGAGCAAGUGGUCGCACCUCUGGUCGAGGCAGCUGGAGGAGCUCCAGGCCUGCGGACUGCCCGCCCCCCUUGCCUAAAAAACAGUCGGUCCGCUGGAUUAACCAGCCCCCAACCCAUCACCCACAACCACACCCUGACAACCAGCCCCCAACCCAUCACCCACAACCACACCCUGACAACCAGCCCCCAACCCAUCACCCACCACCACACCUUGACCGGCACUGGGACCGAGACCGCAGUCUCUCCUCCCUCUCCGACGGCUUCCGAGCCCUGAGAUUGGACUACAGCAGCCCCAGGCGUUAUUGGGGUGCUGACCAGACAUCGUCUAGCACCUCCACAGCGCCACCUAGCACCAGUAGCGGCAGCAGCAGCAGGGGCAACGGCAGACCGUGGCAGGACCCAACCGCCCACUCCAUCACACUCACCCCUGAGAUCCAGCAGCGUGUCCAGCAGGCGCUUGCAGCCCUCGGCCCCGGGGAGGCUCUCCAGGCCCGGCCACUGGCCAAGAGGUUGCACCUGCCCAAGAAGGUGGUCAACAAGGCACUGUACGCGCUCGCCCACGAGGGCCAGGCCAGUAAGCAGGGCGACGCGCCCCCUCUGUGGACACUGAGUGGAAACGAACGGGGCACUGCAGGGGCAUCAGUGGAGAGCAUCGGCGCGCCGUCCGUUACGCUCGUGAAGCAAGAGCCCACCUCUCCCACCACAGCCCAGCGGCAGCAGGCCGAGAGGACCGAACACUCUGUGAGCGAACAGCUACAGUGGCCUUGUGCUAUAAAGACCGAAUUUGAGGAAGAGGAAGGAUACGAGGAAGAGGAAGAGGUGGACGACAACGACGAUUACCAGUCGGAUCCUCGCAGGGAGAAAGAGUCUCCUACUUUUAAUUUGUUGAAUCCAGCUGGCGAUCUCUGGCGAGGGGGUCGCACCGAAUCAGUUUUCUCAGGCCCAGAGCUCCAGCCCAGUUUGGGUUCCGCCACCGUCGGAAGCAUGGCCGACUUGCGAGAACAACGCGAGCGUGUGCUCCAGUACCUGCACGAGACGGGCGAGGCCAACGCGCUGCUCAUCGCCAAGAACCUCGGCCUGCGCACGGCCAAGCAGGUCAACCCGCUGCUCUACGGCCUGGAGCAGCAGGGACAGGUGAGCCGGCAGGCCGAGGUCACUCCGCCGCUCUGGCGGCUCAGUGAGCGCAUCCUGCGCCAGCGCAAGGCCAAGCAGCCGCGCCAGGAGGCAGCCCCCCCCGGCGACGCGCCCAUGUUGGAGGAGUGCGGCGUCAGAGGCACCCUGGGAAACGGAACGACGGUGGCGUCGGCGGCCAUCAUGCCGAGCCUGGAGCCCAGCCCUCCGGGCGAGGAGUUCCCCUCGCUCCCGUUCCCAGCGAUUGUCGGGUCGCAGGCGAGCGAGCAUAACGGGGCGGGAGGCGGCGCUACCGCGGGCACUGCUGCCGUGGCAACAGACUCGGCCGAGUGGGCGUCGGACGACAUCCCGGAGUUCCUGAACGUGAUCAGCCAGGCGGAGCAGCAGCAGCUGCAGCAGUGCGGCGGGGUGGUGGGGGGCGCCCAGGCGGGCACGGUGGCCGUGUCGCUGGCCGCUCCCCCCCCCCACCCCAGCACGCUGGAGGCCAGUCGACGCCAGAAGCUGCAGGAGGUGCGUAGCAAGAACCCCGUCAGCGGCCUCAUGGAGCUGGCACAGUACCUGGGGCAGACCUGCGAGUUCCUGCUGCUUGACCAGUCCGGGCCCUCCCAUGAACCCAGGUUCCGCAUGCAGGUGAUGCUGGACGGGCGGCGUUUUCCCGUAGCUGAGGCGUCCAAUAAGAAGGUGGCGAAGAACUACGCGGCGGCGGCCACGCUGAAGGUGCUGCAGAGGGAGAUGGGGGGAGCGGAGGAGAUGGAGGAGGAGGUCGAGGAGGUCAGCGCUAUGGCCCCGGACACCGACACCAUAGAGGAGUUCGCUAGUGGGGAUUCUGCUCCUCCUGCCUUGGCGCGCUCUCUCCCUGGUGGGAAGAACCCCGUGUCCAUGCUGAUGGAGCACAGCCAGCGGAGCGGCGACGCCAUCGAGUUCAUCAACACGCGCCAGGAGGGCCCGCCGCACGACCCACGGUUCAUGUUCCGGGUGAAGGUGGGCGACAGUCUCUUCACAGAGGCCUCGGCGCCCAGUAAGAAGGCAGCACGCCAGCUCGCCGCCGAAGAGGCCGUCAAGGAAAUGCUCUCCGACGGACGGCUGCAGCUCAACAAGCCCCAGCCCAGUUUUCUGCCCGGUGUGGAUGCAGGUGUGGGCAGUGCCAUGCAGACCCCAGCUCUGCCGGCGUGCCCGUCGCUGCCCCCCCUGAGUGCGGCCGAGCUGCAGCGGGCACAUGAGGCGGGCGUGGGCGACCUCAUCAACCACCUGAACAACAACGCCGUGUCCGGCCUGCUGGAGUACGCCCGCGCGCGCGGCUUCGCUGCCGAGAUCCGCCUGGUGGGACAGAGUGGCCCGCCGCAUGAACCCAGGUUCACCUAUCAGGCCAAGCUGGGAGGCCGCUGGUUCCCUCCGGUGUGUGCCAGCAACAAGAAGCAGGGCAAGCAGGAGGCGGCCGACGCCGCACUACGGGUGCUCAUUGGAGAGGCUGAGAAAGCAGCACGCACUGGAGAGAUUACUUCCGAGCUGCCUGUAACAGGUAGCACCCUCCAUGAUCAGAUCGCCAUGCUGAGCCACCAGCGCUUCAACGCACUCACAGCCCGCAUACAGCACAGCCUUCUGGGUAGGAAGAUCCUGGCCACCAUCGUCAUGCGGAAGGGUGACACCCUGGGGACAGUUGUCAGUCUGGGGACAGGGAAUCGCUGUGUUAAAGGCGAGGAGCUGAGUCUUAAAGGGGACACGGUUAAUGACUGCCAUGCAGAAAUAAUUUCCAGACGAGGGUUUAUCAGGUUUCUCUACAGUGAGUUGAUGAAGCACCUGGAGGGAUCAGAGGAGAGCAUAUUUGACACGGCAGAGGACAAUAAGCUCCAAAUCAAGCCUGACAUCACCUUUCACCUGUACAUCAGCACGGCUCCAUGUGGCGAUGGGGCGUUGUUUGACAAGUCGUGCAGCGAGUCGGCCACAGAGGCAGGCUCCGGUCACAUGCCCCUCUUCGAGAACGGCAAGCAGGGCAAGCUGCGCACCAAAGUGGAGAAUGGUGAGGGCACCAUCCCGGUGGAGUCGAGCACCAUCGUGCCUACGUGGGACGGUAUCCAGCAUGGCGAGCGUCUGCGCACCAUGAGCUGCAGCGACAAGAUCCUGCGCUGGAACGUGCUGGGCCUGCAGGGGGCACUGCUCUCGCACUUCCUGCACCCCAUCUACCUGAGCUCCAUCACCCUGGGAUACUUGUACAGCCAUGGUCACCUGACCAGAGCAGUCUGUUGCCGAUUGGCCAGAGACAAUGAUGCGUUCCUGAAGAACCUCCCUCCCCAAUACACUUUAAACCAUCCAGAGGUUGGGAGGGUGAGCGUGUAUGAUUCCACACGUCACACAGGUAAAACCAAGGAGUCCAGUGUGAACUGGAGUCAGCCGGACCAGCUGACUGUGGAGGUGUUGGACGGGACCAAGGGCAAAGUGGACGGACCAAAGCUGGAAGUGUCGCGUGUGUCCAAGUCCAGCCUCUUCCGUCUCUUCCAGGAGUUGUGCAGUCGCGCCGGCCGCGCUGACCUGAUGGCGCUGCCCUCGUACGCCCAGGCCAAGAUGGCUGCCGGGCCGUUCCAGCAGGCCAAGGGGAUCUUCUUCCAGGCGCUCGGCCAGCACGGCUACGGAGCCUGGAUCGGCAAACCCCUGGAGGAGAAGAGCUUCGAGGGGAACGACAGCAACGGCGCAACUGAUGCUUCUGCCAAUGCUUAUGCUAAUGCUAACUUAGCUAUCCACCCCUACAGUGUAGCAUACCCUCAGAGCCAGUAAAGCCAGCCGAUGGGGAGGGAAGGGGGGGGGGGGGUGAUGAGAGAGAGAGAGAGAGAGAGAGAGAGGGAUAAGUGAGCUGUGGACAGAGAGGAGUAGCCAGGAGCGAGUGACGUCCCUAGCGGAGAGAUUGCAGUGAUUGAGUCAGACAGGAGGGGUGCGGGGUGGUCUAGAGGGAAAGCAAGAGGGGGGAAGCUGAAAGAGUGGAGGAUGGACGAACUCCUUGGCACUACUGACAUAACUCUAGGGGGGUUGUCACAGUAACCAAACUGCAAACAAAUCAAGCUCCACAGCUUUUAGGCCUAGAUGGUGUUAGUGGUCAAGCAAAUCGUUUGGGUAGAUGAGUGGGGGAAUGUCAAGAUGAUGAUUAUUUUAGGAAUCCUUUUUUAAAUUAAUUGUUCUCUCUCUCUCUGAUAUACAAUUUAUUAAUUGUAGAGAUUUAUGAUAUCUCUCUUAUAUACAGUUAUAGAACAGUUAUAGAACAAUCAUACUGUUGACAACCUCAUAGCUGGGAAAAACAACUUAAUACACAUAGUUGCAUUUAGUUCUUAAAAAAGUGUCUAGAGUUCACAAGUAAAUUCUUUCUGUCAGUCUAUAAGGUUCCUGAGUUCCAUCCCUAAGUUCCUGAGAUACUUCAGCUGUCUGUCAAAGUGUCGUCUACUUCUUUUUGAUCCACAGCCUUGUCAUGUUUUGCCUGUUCUUAUUGUAUGUGCUUUACACACACUGAAGAGAAAUGUUUUUUUUUUUUUCGUUUUUUUGUUUAAUGUAGGUAAAAAAUGUAUACAUAAUAUACAUACAGAUACAUGUACACACAGAUGUGUGUAUAUAUACCCUCUGCACUAUUGUGUGUGGAUAUAUAUAUUUGGAUUUGUGUGUUUAUGUAUAUGUAUAUAUUGUAUGUAUAUAUUUUAUAGAUAAAUGACUUGUUUUAUAUUCAACUUUAUAAAAAUAUUGGGGAUUGUAAAGGAAGUGUGGCUUCAUUUUUUUUUUUUUUUUUAAAGACAUAACAAAUUAGUGAUUUGCCAUUAUAGGAGUAUAUGCGAGCGCACACACACAACACACCCUGACGUGUGUGUGCAAGGCCCAUCACGGACGUCACUGAUUUUGUUUUGGUUUUAUUUUUUUUAUGAUACUCCCAUGUUCAUUUUACUGAAUUAUAUUUGGUCACUUCUCUGAUCUUUGCAGCUGUAACAUUCUGAACUGUGAGGACAGGCUGAGGUUCUCUCCUGCAAUAAACAGAAUGAAAACCAGA